GGCGCCGUGGGAGCGCAGGUUCCCAGGACUCCUAGAAUGAGGCUGCUGUGAAGGACUGGUGGAUCCCCUGCCUGCGCUGCCGUGCCUGCAGAUUCCCUGCGAUCCCCUUUCUGGCUGGAGCACCGUUACCGAGGCUCCUGGGAAGAAUGACUGUUGGAUGCCUACUGCAACCCCCUUUCCUGGGGAGGACUUGGCUCCCCAUGCUGCUGCUGGCAGCCUCUGCCCACUGCCACUGGCCCAGCGAGCCGGCAGAAGUGGUUCGGGACUGGGAAAACCAGCUGGAGGCCUCCAUGCACUCCGUGCUCUCGGACCUCCGGGAGACUGUGCCGGCUGUGGUGGGCAUACCGGACAGCUCUGCGGUGGUGGGACGCUACUUCAGAGUCUCCAUCCCCACAGAUUUAAUUGCUUCCAAUGGAGAAGUUGUCCAGAUCUCCGAAGCUGGGAAGGACUCCUUGCCUUCUUGGUUGCACUGGAACGCGGAGAGCAGCUCCCUGGAAGGGCUGCCCCUGGACACAGACAAGGGUGUCCACUACAUCUCGGUGACCACGCUGCAGCACUUCCCAAACGGGAGCUAUGUGCCACAGACCACAAACGUCUUCUCCGUUGAGGUGCACCAAGAAGACCACAACGAGCCUCAGUCGGUGCGAGUGGCCGUCCAAGACACGGGUGACGCAGCGCCGUUCGUGUGCGGCUCGGAAGAGCCGGUCACCAUCCUGACUGUCAUUCUGGAUGCUGACUUGACAAAAAUGACACCAAAGCAGAGGAUUGAACUCUUAAACAGAAUGAGAAGCUUCUCAGAUGUGGAACUUCAUAACAUGAAGUUGGUUCCUGUUGUAAAUAACAGACUCUUUGACAUGUCAGCCUUCAUGGCUGGACCGGGAAAUGCAAAGAAGGUGGUGGAAAAUGGGGCCUUACUCUCAUGGAAACUGGGAUGUUCUCUGAGCCAAAACAGCGUCCCCAACAUCAGCAAGGUGGAGGCUCCAGCUAAGGAAGGAACCAUGUCUGCCCGCCUUGGGUACCCUGUUGUUGGCUGGCACAUUGCUAACAAGAAACCUCACCUCCCAAAGAGGAUGCGGCGGCAGAUCAACGCCACCCCUACGCCUUUGACUGCCAUCGGGCCGCCCACCACUGCCGCACAAGAACCGCCCACCAGAAUUGUCCCCACCCCGACAUCACCUGCCAUCGCGCCUCCCACGGAGACGACGGCACCCCCUGUCCGGGAGCCCAUUCCCCUGCCGAGGAAGCCCACAGUCACCAUCAGAACCAGGGGCCCCAUCGUUCAGACGCCCACGCUGGGACCGAUCCAGCCAACCAGGGUAGCAGAAGGCACGGGCACGGCCUCUGUGCCGAUUCGCCCCACGAUGCCCGGGUAUGUAGAGCCCACGGCCGUGAUCACGCCGCCCUCAACUACCACCAAGAAGCCAAGAGUCUCCACUCUGAAGCCAGGCACGCCAUCCACAACGGAUUCCUCCACGGCAAUAACACGAAGGCCUACUCGAAGGCCCAAAACUCCCCGUCCAACAAAGCCUCCCAGCACAACCAGAUCCCCCAUCUCCAAGCUGACAACAGCCUCCCCACCGUCCCGCGUGCGCACCACAGCGAGCGGGCUCCCCCGGCCCUGGGAGCCCAAUGAGCCACCCAAGCUGACGAACCACAUCGACAGGGUCGACGCAUGGGAGGGAACUUACUUUGAGGUUAAGAUACCGUCAGAUACCUUCUACGACAAGGAAGACACCACCACUGACAAGCUGCAGCUGACCUUGAAGCUGAAGGAGCAGCAGAUGAUCGAGGAGAAUUCAUGGGUGCAGUUCAACAGCACCAGCCAGCUCAUGUACGGCAUGCCAGACCGCAACCACAUCGGGAAGCACGAGUACUUCAUGUACGCCACUGACAAGGGCGGGCUUUUCGCCGUGGAUGCUUUCGAAAUCCAUGUCCACAAACGCCCGCACGGGGACAAGUCUCCAGUGAAGUUCAAGGCCAGGCUGGAAGGGGACCACAAUGCGGUGGUGAACGAUAUCCAUAAGAAGAUCAUGCUGGUGAAAAAGCUGGCUCUGGCGUUCGGUGACAGGAACAGCAGCACCAUUACGGUGCAGGACAUUGCCAAAGGCUCCAUUGUCGUGGAGUGGACUAACAACACGCUGCCCCUGGAGCCCUGCCCUCGGGAGCAGAUCCGGACUUUGAGCAAAAAAAUUGCUGAUGACUCUGGGAGGCCGAGCCCGGCUUUCUCCAAUGUCCUGCAGCCCGAGUUCAAGCCUCUGAACGUGUCAGUGGUCGGCUCCGGCAGCUGCAGGAACAUCCAGUUUGUCCCCAUGACCAAGGACGGCAGGGUGAUCUCUGAGGCGACGCCGACGGUGGUGGCAGGCAAAGACCCCGAGAAGAGCAGCGAGGACGACGUGUACCUGCACACUGUCAUCCCUGCCGUGGUGGUGGCCGCCAUCCUCCUCGUGGCCGGCAUCAUCGCCAUGAUCUGCUACCGCAAGAAGAGGAAAGGGAAGCUGACCAUCGAAGACCAGGCCACCUUCAUAAAGAAAGGCGUGCCCAUCAUCUUCGCCGACGAGCUGGACGACUCCAAGCCUCCGCCGUCCUCCAGCAUGCCACUCAUCCUCCAGGAGGAGAAAGCCCCACUCCCCCCCCCAGAGUACCCCAACCAGAGCAUGCCAGAGACCACGCCACUCAACCAGGACACCAUCGGGGAGUACACGCCACUGCGGGAUGAGGACCCCAACGCGCCGCCCUACCAGCCUCCCCCACCCUUCACCGCUCCCAUGGAGGGGAAAGGCUCCCGCCCGAAGAACAUGACCCCGUACAGGUCCCCACCGCCCUACGUCCCCCCUUAAUGAACGGGAGGCCCUCGGGGGAGAAGGGGCCUCCAGCUCCACACCGGUGCUGUCUGUGGGCCGGCAGCCCCCUCGCCAGCCGGGAACACGAAACCCCAGCCCGCUCCCCAGCAGGCUCUCCCUGGCUGCGCCUGCCGCACCGGAGCGCUCGCAGGACUCGGGGGGACACUUGUUUUAUUUUUGCCUAACAAGCUUUGGUUUUAUUUUAUUCAUAGAAAAAAUAUUCUCGGCUCAAAGACGCCUUCCUGGCGGCUGGGCUUCGGCCGGGGCCGGGGCGGCGGGCAGGGAGGGGGGUCGGGACGGGUUGGGCCGGGUCGGGAGGAGCAGGCAGCACUGGGGUAGCACUCUGGGUCUCCGCUGUUUGCCUUUAACACUAACUGUACUGUUUUUUCUAUUCACGUGUGUCUAGCUACAGGACGUAACAUGAAAGGUAGCCUAAAAAUAAUUAAAUUCAAGGGACUUUCUGAA